GAAGCCCCAGCGACAAAGUUCCGAUACCCGACUCGAGUCAGGGAACCUCGAUCGCGAAAGUAACUGAGGCUAAACCAUAUUUCGCGCACUCUAACGCAUAGAAUGGUGUCCGAUGCCUCAAGAAAGACGUUUCUUUGGCCGAUUCCAUCGCACAGGCUGGCGCUGGUCCAACAUAACUAUCAGAUACGUAGAUUGCUUCAAUCUCAGCACUUAUGUACCUGACAGGAGGCCCGUAGGCGUGUAAGCUGCGAGCGCGUGCACCUGUCCUUAUUAGUGCCGUGCUGGCUGCCCCACAACGUGAGACCUAUGAGGCUGAGACUCUGUUAUUAUUAUAUUUGCAAAACGUGUAAGGCUGAACGGUUUCGCCGCAAGGGCGAACUUGAACUUACUUCGCGACGGCCAACCGUCCGACGUCCGAUGCACAGCCCCGACCCCCCAGCACCGGCACCCAGAUCACACAUUUUACUUAUAGUGGAGUCUGUAUCUCACGGGCGUUGGCCCGGCUAUUAUUUAAAUAAUUACGUAUGUAUUUAGAAGCUGCGUGGGCGAAAAUGAGCGAGUUUGCGUCCCUUGGAUCCCAUUUCCCCAGACUCCAAUUCCCCGAUGAGGUGCUGGGCCCCGACCCCGACCCCGACCCGGACCCCGACCCCGACCCCGACUCCUCUCGUGCUCGGCAUUUUAACACUGUACAUUGCGUCCCCUGUCACUUGACUCCCUUAGGGGCACGCUCCAUGGAUCGCAUGGCGGUCCGCUAGUGCAGGCCUGCGGUGGCACCAAGUUGACAACCACUUCACCCCAGCGAGCUCCAGCUUGCGCCAACCAUACAACGGCAGUUGCUAUAUGUAUACAAUUGAUAGCCAGGCCAAACGGCUGCGUGGCUGGACUGCUGCACUCACUCACGUGGCCCCUGGUAGCAGGGUGGCUAAAGGGGGGUUUAAGGGGUUUUGCAGGGUUUGAAAAGUUUGACAUGUCAGAAAUCAUUUGCACAGUAUAAGUCAGCUAAUAGUAACUAGAAUGAUUGUUUGAACCCCUUGUGGGUGACCGUGAUGAGAUUUGGGCACAUAGCAAUGACUUUGCAUGUCCCACUGCUUCCUCACCGUCUCCCUGGAUACGGCAUGUGACUUUCAUGGCCCUGGAUACUUGCACCACUGAGGCUUCUCAUUCGCCCAAGUUAUAAUGAAUACUGCAUUGUGCUAUGGUGCAGGCUGACAGAUUGCACAUGCACGCUGUGCAUGCACAUGCUGCUCAUUCCCCUUGUCCCCACACUGGGGGCUGAGCUGCCCAACCCAGAAUCCAACAUGCCUGCCUCGCUCAACCCUGUGCAGAACCGUUUCACAUGCAUAUAUGCACAUGUUGCCUGACCUGGCAGUGUGACAGGCCGUGAUGGGAAGGCGCAGCGUGCGUAUGCGUAGAGGGGGCGGGCGUGCUGUCUUUGCUACUAUGCACCAGACGCAGCACUGGUGGGUCGUGUGUGUGCGUGUGCUAGGGACGCUAGAUGCAGCACGUGGGAGUGUGACAGGCCGUACGUGAUGGGGAGGCGCGGCGUGCGCGCGUACGUGUGUGUAGAGGGGGCGGCCGUGCUGUUUUUGCUACUAUCCACUAUACGCAGCACCGGCGGGUUGUGUGCAUGCGUGUGCUAGGGACGCUAGAUGCAGCACGUGGGAGUGUGACAGGCCGUCAUGGGAAGGCGCGGCAUGCGUAUGCGUAGAUUGCAUUGGUUACAAGAGGACCUGCUGACGCGUAGAGGGGACAGGCGUUCUGUCACUUCUACUAUGCAUAGGACGCAGCACGGGCAGGUUGUGUGCGCGUGUGUGCUAGGGGCACUACGUGCAACGCAUUGCAGUGUGAUUGGCCGUGAUGGGAAGGCGCAUGUGACAGGCAGCAAGUGCUGCUUGAGAGUGGAUGUGCGGCUUGUGCAAGCAUGUGCAGGUUUGUGUUUCGGGGUUUGGGUGGGGUGUGCAUGUGCAUGAUAGGUGCGCGCUAGGAAUGCUUGCGACAGGAAUGGCUGCGGGGUUGUGGCUGUGGCACCCCAAGAAGGUGGGGAAGGUGGCUUGAGUGCGAGGUCCUGGCGGGUCUUUGUUACGGGCGUAAGGUGGGGCGCGGUGACGUGCUUGUGUGACGAGCUGCGACACCCGUCGACACCCAAGCGAGCGACAUCUUCACGCUUGCAGCUAUCGUCUUGCUUCAAAUCAUCCCCACUUUGAUACCGAUAUUGCGGGUGUGCGUUGUUGCUGCUCUACGUCCUGUAUCAAAUUUGAGCUGAUGUGACGAGCUGUCAACUCUGAUUGCGCGACGCCAUGCAUGGAACUCGUUCUGCUCGCCUGCGCGUGGUUUGGUCUUUACAUGUGUGCCGUCAUUAUGGAGUAUUGUGCUUAUUGUAUUUGCGUUGCACCCUAGUGCUCUGCUAGCUCGUGCGCGACGCCAUAAUUGCAGCUUGUUCUGCUCGCCAGCGCGUGCUUUUAGUCUUUACAAGAUUGCCGUCGUUAACGAGCAGAAUGCUUAUUGGAUUGGCUUUGCACUCCAGUGCUCUGCCAGCUCGUGCGCGACGCCAUGUUUGGGACUCGUUGUGUGCGCCUGCGCGUGCUCGCGGGCCUCUGCGAGCUGCGUUGGUCCUUUGUGCUUGUAGCUUAUCGUAUGGUCUAAUGUGCGUGUGUGCUGUGUGCGUGUGCUCUGAGAGCCGAGACUUCUUCCGUGCGCCGCUUCCUUUUGGUCGCGGUUUGAUAUGAUAUCAAUAGGGAUUGUGUUUCUCAACAAACUAUAGUUGAGUGUGCGUGUCUUGCGUGCGUGUGUUGUGACUUGCGUGUGCCGAGGUUGUUCUGCGCGCCGUGUGCUUUUCGUCCUGGACUUAUUUGGUUUGUAUAGGUGUUGUGACGUGUUAUUGGCUUGUGUUUGUGGUUUGCGCUGGGCUUGUGUUUCGUGUGAACACACGAACAUACAAACUCCGGGUCUGAAAGUCUUUGUCCCCAAAUCUUGCCAACUAGGCCCCCCCCCCCAAAACGCUAAGAAUCAGGCAUUUUUGCGCCCGUGGAUGCCGUGGGCGAGACCGUGGUUAGGGCCCUUCACGCAUGCAGCGGCGGCCAACCAUUGGAAGAUGCAAGCCAUGGGCCUUGCAACCACCACAAGAGGCGUCGUGGUGGUUGGCCGCCUAGGCAGUGAGUGCCGUUCCAGAAGAGUGCUUGGAAGCACUCGGUUAAAGUUGUGUUUGCUCUGUCGAACUUGAUGCUGUUCGUGGGAUGUGGCCGAUGACAAGGGGUGUCAGCUUUGUACAGCUGGAAAAUGGGCUGAGCCCCCGUACGCUUGGGAGCUAAUAGGCGUGUAACGCCCCGUUAGA